UGUUACAUUACCAGACGGGAUUUUUUUCUUGGGGUAACCGAAUGGAUGACAGUAGCAAUGCUGAAUAUUAUUCGCUAACAGAUUGAAAUAGUCCAUUUAAUAUUACUUACUGUCUCGGAUACUAGCUGUCAGGAUGCUCUUCUGGUUGUUCACAGCCUGUGCGUUAGGAUGGUGCAUGGUGCAGGCAGAUUACGACAUAAUAUUGGAAGAUAUUGACUGUAGUCAAAUUAAUGAAGAAUAUGUAAAGUCAUGCGAUCUUGAACUAAACUAUGAUAGCACAUAUGGGGCUAGUCUGAACACGUAUAUAGAGAUCAUUAAAACACUUCCUGAGGACACAAAGGUAACAGCCGACGUAUUUACGGUUCGAAUGGGUGAAUAUACGGUUGAUCUUGGACUUCAUAUAGAUACAAAUUUUUGUGAGGCUGCAGCGGAUUCAAAAUCUAUAGGGGUACCUAUAAUAAGAGCGAUCAACAUGGAUGGCGAUAAUUGUCCUCCGGACCCGGGGGUUUACCAACGAGAAGACUACGUAAUUGACAGCAUGGAUGGUUUACCGCCAUCAUUUCCCGAUGGUCAUUAUUUACUUAAUGCGACAUUGGCAAACAAAGAUACCACGAUAGUGCACUUUGAUAUUUAUAUAAGAGUAUAUUGAUCAAUUUUUCGAACCUAUGUUCGUAUAAAAUUUAAAAUAAUGUUUAAAAUAAAGAUUGAGCAGCAAGCAUA